AUGAAUAAUGAAAAUCAAGAUGUAAAUAGAAUAUCAUUACUUGUUGAUUGUUUAAUGCAUUGUUGGUAUGAUGAAGUACCAAAUGAAAAGAGCAAUAGUCCAAUCUUAUCACCAAAAGGUAAUAACAAUAGUGUCAUCUUAACAACAAUAUUAAAUCAAAUUACUAGAACCGUUGAAUCAUAUAUUGUAGAGGCAACAUUAGAAUAUAGUAGAAUUAUAUUUGAUCUAUUUUAUGAUUCAUCUUCAGUCUCUGUCUUUACAACUUAUAAAGAGUUUUCAAGAUUUAAUUCAAGAGAAUUUAAUCAACAAUCUUUAAAAUUAUUAGGUGAAACAUUUUCAAAAUUAAAUUUUAAAGAUUCAAUUGAUAAUAAUAAUAAUAAUAAUAAUAAUAAUAAUAAUAAUAAUAAUAAUAAUAACAUUAAUAAUAACAAUAAUAAUAAUAAUGAAAAUGAUUUGGAAUUUAUAGAUUAUUUAAAAAAUACAAUAGAGUCACAUUAUGAAGUUGCAAGAGUUAAUAAUUUUAGUGGUCAACCACUAAAACCAAAAUCAAAUUUUAAUGAUGAAAUAAAAAUUAAAUCAUUAUAUUCAAACCAAGAAAAAAAGAAAAAAAAUAUUAUAGUCAUAAUUGUACCUGGUCAAGAAGGUAUUGAUCUAUUAAAAUAUAAAUCAAAUAACAAGGUUAUUGAUAUUGGUAAAGAAACUGAUCAAUUAAUUUCAAAUUUUAAUCAACAACAAAAAAAAAAAAAACAAAUUGAUAUUGAUAAUAAGACUGAUAACAAUAAUAAUAACAAUAAUAAUAAUAAUAAUAAUAAUAAUAAUAAUAAUAAUAAUAAUAAUAAUAAUAAUAAUAAUAAUAAUAAUAAUAAUAAUAAUAAUAAUAAUAAUAAUAAUAAUAAUAAUAAUAAUAAUAAUAAUAAUAAUAAUAAUAAUAAUAAUGACAAUGAAUAUGAUGAUAGUGGUGAAGUGAAUGAUAAAAAUUUUGAAUUAGUAAUUUUAAAAGUUACAAAUUAUAAUACUAUUCCUCAUAGUAAAUCAAAUCAACGUGAAUCAUUUAUUUAUAAAAAGUAUUCAUCAAAUUUAGAUUGUAUAGUUAAAGAAGUUGAUAUAACUAAUCUAUUCAAUGCUGUAUCUGAUUUAUCGGUGGUACAAUUUAAUUUAUCUUCAAUCUUAGUCACUGGUAUACCAAUGAAAGAAAGUAGUCAAGCUUCAACAAGAGCAAUUUAUGAUGUUGCACUUUUAUAUCCAUCACAUAGUUUCUCUGAUAGUCAUUUUAAUAAUCAUAUAUUUACAAAUGGUAAUAAGAAAUUAGAAAGUAUUAUUAUUAAUAAUAAAGAACCUGAUGAAGCUAAUAGUAAUAAUAAUAAUAGUUUUAAAUUAAAUAAAGAAGUUGAUGAAAAUUUACCAAAUGAAAAGAAAUCUCUAGAUUAUAAUUACUAUAAACAUUACUAUGAAAAGAUUUCAACAUUAGAGACAAGACUUGAGAAUGAAAUCACUGUAAAAUGGAAAUCAAAUGAUAAAAAGAUAAAUCCUGAAACAUUGCCAUGUUCUUGUUCUCAUAGAGUUACUCCCUAUUUAGUAUCCUCAAAUCCAAGUAAUUGUUUACUCAAACACAUUUGUUCUGGAAAAAGUGUAUUCCUUGUUACCCCUCCUUCUGAUGAUAUUUUCACUCAUGUUUUAUCAUUGCAUGAUAAAGAAGUAUUCAUUCAUUGUCUUCAUAGACCAAUAAAUGUUGAUAGGUUAGCAGGAAUCCUUGAAAAUUAUUCAAAAGAUGUAUCAAGAUAUAGAUGUAGAGACUUUGUUGAGUUGGUCGAUAAUUCUGUAAUUUUAUCAAAACAUUCAAGUACAAAAUUAGAUUUUGAUCAACAACAACAACAACAGCAACAACAACAACAACAACAACCACCAAAAGAAUAUUUUAAAAACAUUACAAUUCCAAAUCCUUUCUAUGAUGAACAACAACAACAGCAACAACAAGAUAAUACCUCAUUGGACGAAGUUUCACAACCAAAUAUUAAUGUUAUAUCACCAAAAAUUGUUGAAAAGUAUACGAGAUUCUUUCCUUGGGUUGAGUCUGAAACUUUAUUCUUUUCUCCAGAGUAUGAAGAUUUGAAAAAAGUUUUAAAUCCAAUUAAAAGAUUAUUAUUAAAAGAUAAUUUACCCCCAGAAUAUUUGGAACAAAUUUCAAAACAUAUUCAACAACUAUACACUCACACCCAAUCAAAUGAUUCUUCAUUAUUUCCUUCUUUAAAAUCUAACCUCACCAUUAGAAAAGAUUACUACAGAAGAGUUUGGUUAGAAUUUUAUAAUUUUUCAAAAGCAUGCCAAGUUUCACAAAGCCACACUGAUCUUUUUAAUGCAAUUGAAAAAAUUGUAAUACAAAUGCAAAUUAUUCAACAACCUUCUCAACCAACUCAAAUUCAAUCACCUCAACAGCAACAACAACAACAGCAACAGCAACAGCAACAACAACAACAUCAACAACAACAACAACAACAACAACAACAACAACAACAACAACAACAACAACAACAACAACAACAACAACAACAACAACAACAACAACAACAACAACAACAACAACAGCAACAACAGCAACAACAACAAAAUCAACCAAAAAUAAUUAGCCAAGCUGGUACAUUAUAUCAAAACUUAUUAUCACAACAAUCACCAACAAAACAACCUAAUGAUGAAGCAGGUUUAUGGAAACAGUUUUCUCAAGGUAAAAAACAAGCUAAAGAAGAUGAACUUAAAGCAGAAAGAGAUAGACAAAUAAAGAACACAAAUCCUCAAGGAAUGCCAACUGGAGGUGGUGGUUAUGAUGACUAUCAAAAUCAAAAAAAAAGAAAACAACCAUAUAAUAAUAAUGAUCAAAUCAUUCCACAACAACCAAAACCAAAUAAUUUUUUCAAUAGUUAUUGGGAACAAAAACAAAAUAGUGUACAACCACAAGAAUUAAGUGGAAGACCAAAUAAUGUUUAA